ACAGUAUGAGAACGCAAGGGGAGGCGCGUUCAUGUUUCCGUGCCAGGGAAAAGGGGUGCGUGUCUUUCCCUCUUUGUCCACAGAAGUGACGACGACACAGCGCCGAGCCCCCAGCUGGUGGCCUCUGCGCCUGCGCCGACCGUGGCGCGCGGCGGGGCCGUGCAUGCGCAGAGCACGACUUCCGCGUCUUUUCGGCGGCGGGAAGGCGGCUGGUGGUGGCUGACGCGGUGGCGGUUGACGGAGGCGAGGAACCUGAAGGUUAAAGUUUAGUCGAACAACUUCAUGUUGUAAAGUUGGAGCGCUAAAGAAAAAAUUAUAGACUUUGAUAUCGAAGGAAAUGAAGAGAAACAUAAAUGAAAAUUCAACUCGAAAUACAGCAGGCUGUUUGCCUGUACCACUGUUCAAUCAGAAAAAGAGGAAUAGACAGCCAUUAACAUCCAAUCCACUUAAAAAUGAUCCAGGUAUCAGUACUGCUUCUGACAGUUAUGAUUUCCCUCCUCUACCAACAGAUUGGGCCUGGGAAGCUAUGAAUCCAGAGCUGCCUCCUUUAACGAAAACAGUGAACACAGGGCAAAUACCACAUUCAGUUUCUCAUCCCCUGAGAAGUCAAGAUUCUGUGUCUAAAUCUAUUCAAUUAAAUGCUGAAAGAAGCAAGAGUGGUUGGAGAGACGGCAACAAAAAUACCACUUUAAAAACUUGGGAUAGAAAUGAUUUUAAGCCUCAGUGCAAAAGAACAAAUCUAAUGACAAAUAAUGGAAUAAAUUCAUGUCCAGUGAAUUUGGGAGCUCAACAAUGGAAACAAUUAAGAGUAUCUGAAUCUACUAACUUAUCUCACCAAAGAGAAAGUGAAGUACUCACACAAACACAUUCGUCAAAAAUAUCUGGCUCCACAAUGAGAAGUCUAGACAAAAACAGUUCAUUACAGGCAUUUAAGCCCAAUUUUCAACAAAAUCAAUUUAAGAAAAAAAUGUUGGAUGGUUUUCCAGAAGAAAACACCCUCAAGAAGGAAGCAUCAUUGUAUCAGUUAAAGCUUAAGGAGAAAGAGAAUUCUUUAAGAAUUAUAUCUGCAGUUAUUGAAAGCAUGAAGUACUGGUGUGCACAUGCACAGAAAACUGUACUUCUUUUUGAAAUAUUAGCUGUUCUCGAUUCAGCUGUUACACCUGGCCCAUAUUGUUCAAAGACUUUUCUUCUGAGAGAUGGGAAAAAUACUCUGCCUUGUGUAUUUUAUGAAAUAGAUCGUGAACUUCCAAGACUGAUUAGAGGCCGAGUUCAUAGGUGUGUUGGAAACUAUGACCAGAAAAAGAAUAUUUUUAAAUGUGUGUCUGUCAGACCAGCAUCUGUUUCUGAACAAAAAACUUUCCAAGCAUUUGUUAAAAUUGUAGAUGCUGAAAUGAGAUAUUAUACUAAAGUAAUGAGUGAAAUUUAAGUAGUGAUGAAGUUUAAAUAGUAUAAAUUAAGCAUUUUUCUGUUCUUGUUUAAAUUACCAUCUCCAUGGUUUUAUGGCUACUGUUCUUCUGUAUUUCACUUGUUGAAUUAAAAUAUUUAAAUCCUUUUAA